UGGCUGAACCUGGCAACCCAGCCAACCCAGCCCAGCACAGUAUGAUGAGCAGCGGUGACUGGGAGUUAUGGAUUAGCUCACGUUCUUCUCCUCUGAACGCUACACGACCUGUGUGUGUCUGUGCUGUGAAGUUGUGUUUGUGUCGCUUUGGUUUCACGAGUCCAACGAGUUUUUACUUUUUGUUGGGUGACGUGUUGAACCCAUGUUGGUCCUCGCCACUAGCGUUAGCCAGAUUCUGAUGAGGGCAUUUCUACAGGCCAACUGUUCCUGACACUGCACUUGGAAGACGUGUGAGCUGCAGAUCCUCACCAUGUCCAAGAGCAAGAGUCCUGAGACAGUGAAGGUGGUGGUCCGAUGUCGCCCAAUGAAUGAAAAAGAACAGGCAAACAAAUUUGAAAGGGUCGUCUCUGUGGAUGUGAAACUGGGCCAAAUUGUUGUCAGGAACCACAGAGAAGCUUCAGCCAGCGAAAGUCCCAAAGUCUUCACUUUUGAUUCAGUCUACGACUGGAACUCCAAACAAAUAGAUCUGUACGAUGAAACCUUCAGGCCACUGGUGGAUUCAGUUCUUCUUGGCUUCAAUGGGACCAUCUUUGCCUAUGGGCAGACGGGUACAGGGAAGACGUACACAAUGGAGGGGGUGAGAAAUGAUCCAGAGAAGAGAGGGGUGAUCCCUAACUCCUUUGAGCACAUCUUCACACACAUCUCACGAUCCCAGAAUCAGCAGUACCUGGUGAGAGCAUCAUAUCUUGAAAUUUACCAAGAGGAGGUCAAAGACUUGCUUUCCAAGAACCAAGCCCAUCGCCUUGAGCUGAGGGAGAGGCCUGACACGGGCGUUUAUGUCAAAGACCUGUCGUCAUUUGUCACCAAGAGUGUGCGAGAGAUCGAGCAUGUCAUGAAUGUGGGCAACCAGAAUCGUUCUGUGGGUUCUACAAACAUGAAUGAACACAGCUCCCGAUCUCACGCCAUUUUUGUCAUCACUGUUGAGUGCAGUGAGUUGGGUGUGGACGGGGAGAACCAUAUCAGAGUGGGCAAACUGAACUUGGUCGAUUUAGCUGGCAGCGAAAGGCAGGCCAAGACUGGCGCUCAGGGGGAGAGGCUUAAAGAAGCCACAAAGAUCAACCUGUCACUUUCUGCUCUGGGGAACGUCAUAUCAGCUCUGGUGGAUGGCAGGAGCAGCCACAUCCCCUACCGAGACUCAAAACUCACCCGUCUGCUGCAGGACUCCCUGGGGGGCAAUGCCUGCACCGUCAUGGUUGCCAACAUUGGGCCGGCAUCCUACAACAUGGAGGAGACCUUGACAACACUGCGCUACUCCAACAGGGCAAAGAACAUCAAGAAUAAACCACGCAUCAAUGAGGACCCCAAGGAUGCACUACUGAGGGAGUUUCAGGAGGAGAUCGCCAGGUUGAAAGAGCAGCUGGAGAAGCGCUCAGGGGAAAAAAAGAAGAGGAAGCAAAGGAGGAGAGCUGGGGAAGGGAGUGAUGGUGACGAUCUGGAAGGAGAGACAGAGGAUGAUGAUGAAGAUGGAGAUGACAAAGGAGAUUACUGGGGGGAGCAGCAGGAGAAGCUGGAGAGAGAGAGGAAGGCCAUCAUGGAGGAUCACAGUCUGGUGGCUGAGGAGAAAGUUCGGUUGCUCAAGAAGAAGGAGAAGAAAAUGGAAGACUUGAGGAGGGAGAGGGAGGCUGGAGAGAUGCUUACAGCUAAAGUUAAGGCAAUGGAGAGUAAGCUUCUGGUUGGGGGGAAGAACAUAGUGGAUCACACCAACGAGCAACAGAAAAUGCUGCAGCAGAGGAGGCAUGAAAUCGCUGAACAGAAACGCAGCGAGCGAGAGAUGCAGCAGGAGAUGGAGAGUCGUGACGAGGAGACUCUGGAGCUGAAGGAGACCUACACUUCUUUGCAGCAGGAGGUCGACAUCAAAACCAAGAAGCUGAAAAAGCUGUUUGCCAAGCUGCAGGCAGUGAAGGCAGAAAUCCACGACAUCCAGGAGGCACACAUCAGAGAGCGUCAGGAGCUGGAACAGACCCAGAAUGAGCUCACCAGGGACCUCAAACUCAAACAUCUGAUCAUUGAGAACUUCAUUCCCCAAGAGGAGAAGAGCAAAAUAGUCAGCAGAGCUUAUAUUGAUGAAGAGGAUGAGCACUGGAAAAUGCAGCCCAUUACACGUAUAGAGGAUGAACAUCAGAUGAUGACCAGGCCUCUGUCUGCAGUGGGCUACAGGAGGCCUCUCUGUCACCACGCUCGCAUGGCCAUGAUGAUGAAGCCUGACACGAGAUACAAAGCUGAAAACAUCCAGAUACUGGACAUGGACCUUCCAACACGGACGACUAUAGACUAUCAGGAGCCGGUAAUCGCCCCAACGGUGGCAGCAGCUCUGAGGGACGCUCUCAGGGAUGAGGAUGAGAUCCAGGUAGAUGCCUUAGGCUUUUACAACAGUUUAGGACCAACCCCACCAGCCAGUGCCAUCUCCAGCCUCAAGAAACCAAAGUCUGGUCGACCCAGAACUGGUAAGAUGUCGAGCACCCCAACGUCUCCUUUCAGCCCCUCCAGUCCAGGAUCUCCUCUUUACCCACAAUGCCGCGGCCUGGUGCCCAAGUGACCGCUUCUGCCACUACUGUCACUACCACAACCUCUCUCGUGCACCUUUCCACUUGGACUCAACUUUGAGAGAAUGGGUUUGGUUUUAUUUAUUUAUUUUAUUUUUUUUACUACAGAAUCUGGGAUUCUGUAAACGUUACAGAAAACCUUAAUACUAAUGCUGCUUUGUAGGUUUUAACUGUAGCCACACCACUAUUAACUGUUGUCAUGAGCUUUUUCCUUUGGAGAUUUAAACCCACUCAUCCUGAGUGUGAGCCAAUACAACACCAGGACAGCAGCCACGCCUGAAGCCUCACAUCACUCCACACUGCUAUUAGCUGCUAUGAAUGUCUUAAAUUUCACAUUUACAGUGUUCUUAAUGUAUAAGAAAAAAAUUAAGGGGUGUUUUUGUGUUUGCUGAACAUUUGUAUGUCUGUGUGUCUUUCUGUCACACACUGAUUAUUGAACCUUCUGUUAAACUGCACUGUCUUAUUCUGAUGAUUUUAAGGUGCAGGUGUGUGGCGUUUUGUGUCUUUAAAGAAGUAGUUCCACAUUUUGGUAAAUAUACUUUCUUGCCAGAUGAGAUAAUCAGCACCACUCUCGUGUCUAUUAAAGCCUGAAGUAAUCAGCUUGUCUUGGCUGCCUUCACUGGUUGCCUAGCAACCUCAUGGUGACAAUGAGGCUCCAGGAAGUCUUAAUGCUAAGUUAAGCUAAUCACUUACUGGCUGUGGCUUCAUACUCUGUACAGACAUUAGAGUAACAAGUGAGGAUAUUUCCUAAAACAUUGGACUGUUUCUUGAGCUGUGUUUGAUUGUAAAUGUUAAGGCCAGAAAGUCGAACACAUUACAGACUUGGCCUGUCACCAGUUGCUGUAAAGAGUAAAUGCUGUUCUUCCUGGGGCACAUCAGAUGGAGGCAGGAGCGGUGGGAGAGAGCUGCACACAUUCACACAAACAUUCUGGGCUUAGCGACACUGCAGUAGGCCACCGGACAUCCCAGCGGGAGAUGAAUGCUAAGCACACCCUGAGUCACGGAACACUUUUCCAAUAAGGCUGUGGCUCAGGGUUCAUCAGGGUUCCACGAUGCCUUAACCUGUGCCCUUCAGCUCUGCUCCUUCAUUUUAAGGCCGCCCACACAUACUCACACGUUCUUCUCUGUCAGUGUUACUUUGUCUGCUCAUUCAUCAGGGAAUUAUUUUACAGCACAGUCCUGACAUUUCCAGUCGGACUGUAGGUAAAAUAUAUGGAGAGGCAGAGCAUGUGGGCACAGCAAUCAACUGGCCCUAGGUUUAAGGCUGCGGGCCACAGGAAGAGAAGGUAGAAGAGGGGUGUCAUGUUCACCUCCUCUACUUCUGUGUUGGUCUAACGGAACACUAAAAACCCAGCGAAGUGUUGAUAUCUUCACAGUAUUGUGGUGGUGCCACAAAACUCAGUCAAAACACUUUGGACUUAAAUGGAUCUGAAACUGACUGAAUAGGAAGAUGGAUGACUGGUCUCCACUUCCUCAGCAAACAUGGAAGGGGUGGGGUUUAUGAUCCAUACUGCAGCCACCAGGGGGCGAUCAAGAUGUUUUGACUUCACUUUUGGGAGCUGUCAUGUUGACCAUCUUUAUAAACAGUAUGAUCUGAACAUGAACCAUUCCAUUUGCCUACAGGUGAACAAUAUGCAGCUUUAACCUCCACUGUUCAGCCUGCCUCUCUGCUGCUCUUUGUCCCCCCCAACCUCUUCACUGAGGGGUGUUUUGUCCACUCGCAGCUACAGAGUAGGGUUGGGCAAUGUCAACUAAAUUGGCAUAUGACAAUGUAUACAGUGAACAGUGAACCAGUAUACAUUGUGAUGGAAGAUGAAAUUGGGGGGGGGGGGUCAUCUUAACAUAUUAAUUAACUCGUAGACACACACACAGACUCAGCUGACGUCUCUGACCCGCUACAGUGUAAAUGUUGAUUUGUUUGAAAUGCCGCCACCAUAUCAACACUGAUCACCACAUAAUGACCGAUACUUUUCUUAAAUGAGUAAAAUCUGUCUUCAUAGCUGCUCGCAUUCAUUUAGUAAUUCAGCCCGUCCUGACACCGCUCACUCUCUUUCUCUCUCGCGCGCUGACAGGCAGGUACACAUAUCCAAACCCAGACUGGGCAAAAACAACAGAAUUUGUAAAUUUAGACAAUGUAUGGAAACCUGGAGGAAAUGGUGGGGCGCACUUGUGUAGCGUGAUUCGUUUGGCAGUGCACAGCGCAAAUGAUGGAGACGGAGAGGAGCAGUAAAUUACUGACAGCUGGUAAAAACUGUAAAACAUCAUUUUUUUACAGUCCAAACCUUUAUGAAAAGACCCAAAAUAAACACUGUAAGCGGACUACUUGAUCACUAUAACUGAAUUAUUUUAACAGCAUUUGUAUAGGAUUAAGUGUUUUUCUACGUUAUAGUAGAAACUGAAAUUAUAGUCUUUGCGUGGCAGGCUGCACCCAUCUGUCAGUGUUGAACGGGGGGGCAUCACGGCUGUCAGCCAUCUUCAAUGGAUGAUGGGAUAGUCCAUCAACCCAACCCUAUGAGUUAGCUUUUACUGCCCACUGUGACUUUUCAACAGGCCUGGGUCAAAUGGCAAAUGAAAUCCUCUCAAAUACUUGAUUUGUGUAGUGGAUUGUUGUAGAGGCGUCACUAUGAAGCUCAGUUCAAAGUUGACAAGUACUGAAAAGUAAAGGCUCUCUCCUGCUGUUUGGCCAGCGCCUACAUACAGAAAUAUGUUAUGUAGUUAGAUAUGUAACAGUGAAUAUAGACUGGUUGAAAGGCAAUCCUCAGUCAUUUUUGCAGCUGGAAAAUAAUCUAGUCUAAUUUAUUAUAAUUUCUUUUUUUUAUAGACUGAUGUAGAUAUAAUUUUGUAUUAAUUUUCUUGAAAAUAAAUUGUUUUAUUUUUUGAGCUUUACAAUUUAAUGUUUACUUUUAUGUGAUACAAGUAUUAUUUCCUUUUUUGUAUACAGUAAGGUGCAGGCUUUUUGGGUGUGUGCGUGUGUACAUGUUUAAAUGUGUUGGUUGAUGAGUCUGCCACAGAUAAAAGCGUGAGUCACCUGUAGAUAUAUGUCACUACUGAGUAUUCACACAUUGACUGUACAUUUAUCUUCAUGAACACAAACAUAAUCUUUAAAAUAAGACCUCAUUAUUGUAACUACCACUGCAAUGCUGUGUACCUUGCGCAUGAUUUUAGCACGCUUGAGAAGAAUACAUAUGGUUGUGUAUUCAUCACUCACAGGAAUCUGAUUAGGAGAAUGUUAACAUCUUAAUUUAACUGAAAACCUUUGUGUGUGUGUGUGUAUCCUGUCGCCACAUCACUGGAUCGAACUGCAUAUCUAAAAUUUAAGUGACCAACUAUGAUGCUGAUGAUGCUCUUGUAGCCAAAUGACGGUUACUGGUGCACUUCUGUCUGUGUUCAAGUCUUUUACAUGUUUAGUUUCUUUUAAUUAUUAAAGACAAUUCAAUGAUAA